UCAGUAAUUAUUGAUUAUAGUGAGAAUGAUAAUUUUCGGAAAGUUUUUGUUUUUCUGAAAUAUGAUAACAUUAUUAAGAGAUUAUGAUUUACUUAUCACAGGUUACUCAUCGAUAAAUAAAUGUAUAUGUAACAAUGCAUCAUCUCUUAGUUAGUUUUAAAAACCUCUGUGUGUCUCUCAUGUUCAUCAUGCUGUUUUCUCAGUAUUUAUCUCUGCCAAUAAUUUUAACCACUGUUGCAAUCUUUCUGAUAUGGCUAACCGUGAAUUGGUGGAAGAACAAUCAAAAUCUUCCUCCUGGUCCUUGGGGCCUACCAUUCUUUGGUUACUACUUUUUCCUUUCUUCGAAACCUUAUUUAGAAUUUGACCAUCUAGCAAAACGUUAUGGUGAUGUUUUUAGUUUCAGAACUAUUGGUGGAAAGCUCUUUGUUGUACUUAGCGGUGCGAAGCUUAUCAAAGAAAUUUUAGUCAACAGAGCUGAAGAAUUUAUAGGCCGUCCUCAGGAGAGUAAUUUGUUGGAAUGGAUAUCAGAUGGAUUGGGUGUGACUCAAGAAGAAGGAUCAUCGUGGAAAGAACACAGACGGUUAAAAAUUUUGGCUUUGGAAAACUGGAGAUUGAAGAAAUAUAAUCUCUCAGAUUCUUUUCUCCAGAAAAUUCGAAAUGGAGAAUUCUUCCCUAAACUUGUUAAAGGAGUUCAUCACCUAAUCAAAAUUUUUGCAGAUAAUCGCUUUAUGUUAGUUGGACCAUUUUUUCAGUACAUCGCAAUGAUGCUAUUUCCGAGUUCAUCUGAAGUUCGUAAGGGUAGGGCUCUCUUGAAAAGGACCGUGGAAAAUAUUAUAGAAGAUCAUGUAAAGACUUUCAAUCCAAGCCAUCUUAGAGAUUAUGUCGACGUAUAUUUGGAUCAACGGAGAAAGCUGGAGAAAAGUGAAGAGCUGCAAACAAGUUCUUUUACAAUGGAUAGACUAACAGCAAUAUCAAUGAAUAUGAUGAUGGAAGGAACCGAGUCUGUAACUUCGGCUCUUACUACCCUGUUAACUGCUAUCAGUAAACAUCCAGUGGAGCAGAAAUUAGCCCAAGAAGAGCUUGAUGCUGUGGUUGGAAAAGAACGGCUACCUUCAUGGUUGGAUAGACAAAACUUGCCUUACUUGGAAGCAACGAUACAAGAGCUCUACAGGACAGACAUGCCAUUUUAUAUAUCUACUCAUUAUUGUAAUUUUA